AUAACAGAAGUAGCAUAGGCCCAUAUCUCUCUUCCACACAAACUUCCAUCUUCUUUCCGAUAGAAAUUUUCUCACCAAACCCUUCUAUUCUUCUUCCCUCUCUACAUUCCGACAUUCUUGCCCCAUUUUAUACUAAUUCUACUGUCAGAUGGAAGGAAGUGAGAUUAGAGAAAAAGAAGAAGCAAAUGCAACUGAGAGAAAGAAAAUCUUUGUUGCUGGGGCUACCGGGGGCACCGGAAAGAGAAUUGUUGAGCAACUGCUGGCCAAAGGCUUUGAAGUUAAAGCCGGAGUACGCGAUUUGGACAAAGCAAAAAACAGUCUUUCUGACAACCCAGCUUUGCAAAUUGUGAGGGCUGAUGUAACAGAGGGUCCGACGAAGCUAGCAGAAAUUAUAGGCGAUGAUACAGAAGCUGUAAUAUGCGCCACAGGUUUUCGACCUUCAUGGGAUCUAUUGGCCCCAUGGAAGGUGGACAAUUAUGGGACAGUAAAUCUUGUUGAAGCAUGCCACAAAACUGGUGUUAAUAGAUUCAUUCUUAUCAGUUCUAUUUUAGUCAAUGGAGCUGCAAUGGGGCAAAUAUUGAAUCCAGCUUAUAUCUUGCUUAAUGUAUUAGGACUCGUGUUGAUUGCAAAGUUGCAGGCAGAGAAAUACAUCAGGAAAUUUGGUAUAGACUAUACCAUUAUAAGGCCCGGUGGGUUGAGAAAUGAACCCCCAAGUGGAAACGUAGUCAUGGAGCCUGAGGAUACUCUUUAUAAAGGUUCUAUAUCCAGAGAUCUGGUUGCAGAAGUUGCUGUUGAAGCGUUGCUCCAUCCUGAAUCCUCAUACAAGGUUGUGGAGAUAGUAUCUCGACCUGAGGCUCCUAAGCGUUCCUAUGAAGAUCUAUUUGGCUCUAUAAAGCAACGCUGAAUUGCUCUCUCAGGUCUCAACAUGCAAGCCUAUGAUUGUGAUGCUCACUACUGAUCAACCAAGGGUGCUGCUUUUUCUUGUGAUAUUUUAACAAUGACAGGCCUGUCUUGUAUUUUUCUUCUUACGUGGUGCUGUAAUAUGUUUGUCCUUAAGUUGGAAGGAUCAAUUUGCUGUAUUUAGUCCAAUAGUCGUCAGAACACCAACCACUGUAACUAAGUCCAUUUCAGUGGAACAGAAGAAACUUGCUUGAUGGAUUGUAUACUAUGCAUCAACUUGAUCAAAGUAGGAGAAGAUGCUGAAACUCUGAAGGAAGGCACAGAGGGGAUGUCUAUCUCCUCAACGUGCUCGUUAUGUUGUACGAUUGUAGUUCUGUUUAAUUAUAUUGAUGAAUGGAAUGCAGACCAUUUAGUGUUA